AUGCAAGGGGCGGGGACAGGGGCCGAUUGCUGCGCCCUGUUGCAGGACUGCAGCGGCCGUGCGUGCGUGACCGUGCUGUGCCAGGUGGAGGCGCUGGCGAGGGACCAGCGGGCCAUGGUGACCAUCCAUGCGGUCCUGUGGAUGCAGAACGUCAGGAAGCGGCCCCUGGACCAGUUCAUCAUCCAGUCGCAAGCCUGGUUCAACGUCUCCGCCCUGCCCUACCGCAUCCAGCCCGACGCGCUGCCCAGCGGCCACGCCACGGCCCACACGGAGGUGAUGAGGGUGAGCCCGGAUGCCAAGGCGGAGAUCCCCACCCGGUGGAUUGUGCUGGCCGUGCUGGCCGGGCUCCUGCUCCUGGCCCUUUUCAUCUGCGCCAUGUGGAAGGUGAGGCUCCCCGGCUCAGACCAGCCAGCCAGGCAGAGGUGGGCACAGCAGGGGCAGGCCUGA